GAAGCGGGGCUUCAAGGCGUUUAUGAGAUCGCCGCCGGGUACUUAUGUGCAAGUGAUCGAGACGGGUUGGGUGAUGUCCCAGGAUCUAUUCCACAAGAUUCUGAAUCCUCGCGAGGAGUUGGACGGGGAGAUAUUAGACCUCUGGAAUCUGAAGGCUCUCCGACGGCUCCGUCAAAAUCAGCAGUGGAUAGCUCGGGGAGAGACGAGGCUCGUUGCAGGCGUGACACGGGAGAGGACGCCGAUAGCUUUUCUGGAUUUUUAUGAGACCCUUUCCAGAGAGUUCAGGUCGUUGCAUCCGGAUGAGCCAGAUUGGGACAACAUUCAGGAUCGACACGGAUACGAGGAGUGGGUGGUGCCCGAAAAGCUGAUCGCCAUGUUUCAUGGAACUGAUUCAGGCCAUACAUGGCCUUGGUUGGAAGCGAAAGAGAUUUUUGCUAUGUGCAAUCUCGAUAAGAGUCAUUGGUGUACUGUGGUUAUAUCUAUCUCCGCAUGGGAGGUGAGAGUGUAUGACUCACUGGUACAUGUGGAAGGUACACGAAAGCGUCGACAAAAUGCAAUGAAGCCAAUCACUCGCCUGAUGAAUAAAUUGCUGCACACUGUGGGUUAUUAUGCACACAAUCCCGUGAGGUAUGUUGCCGCUCCAGAUAUGCCUAUGAAUGUCGUCAUUAUGCCAAUCAGAGAGCAAUUCAUCCAAGAAGAUAGUGUAAGUUGUGGUGUGUUUGCAUGUGCUUAUCUGGAUCGUUUGAUUUGUGGCGCACCAACACGUGAGCAGCUGAGGACACCCGCACAGAUACAAAAGUUUCGACAAAUUAUAGCUAUUAGGAUAUGGGAGUUGUGUACGGAUCCUCCCCCUAUUCAUUUCAGUUGAUGAACAUUUUUUUUGUGUUUAAAACGAAUGUCUGUUAAAAUA